GCAGCGGUUGCAGUAGCAUGUAGGGGGGGCUCUGUCUCUCUCGGCUAACCGCGGGGCAUUGUGGGGCGGAGGCGGCCUUUCUCUGCGUACAGCCGAUCGGGAAAAUCUUUCAAGUAAAUAACGUUAACUGGGGGGGGAGGAGCAGUCCUAGUGCAGCCUGCGACAAAACAACACAUUCAAAAAAGUGUGUGUUGCGCUGAGCUUUAGUUAUUAAAAAUCGCAUUAUUACACAAACAUGGGACAGGAGGAUCUCAUGAGCACAGCCGAAGACGUGGCGGACCAGUUCCUGAGGAUAACCAAACAGUAUCUGCCCCACCUGGCGCGUCUGUGUCUCAUCAGCACCUUCCUGGAAGAUGGCAUCCGCAUGUGGUUCCAGUGGAAUGAGCAGAGGGACUACAUCGAGGCCACUUGGAGCUGUGGCUACUUCCUGGCUACAUUCUUUGUGCUGCUCAACCUCAUAGGACAGCUGGGUGGUUGUGUCCUCAUCCUUAGUAGAAAUUUUGUACAGUACGCCUGCUUUGGACUAUUUGGCAUAAUAGCGCUACAGACUGUUGCAUACAGCAUUUUAUGGGACCUCAAGUUUUUGAUGAGAAACCUGGCCCUCGGAGGGGGUCUGCUCCUGCUGCUGGCCGAGUCUCGUUCGGAAGGAAAGAGCAUGUUCGCCGGAGUCCCCUCUAUGGGGGAGAGCUCGCCAAAGCAGUACAUGCAGCUGGGUGGUCGAGUGCUGCUGGUGCUCAUGUUCAUGACUCUGCUGCACUUUGACUCCAACUUCUUCUCUAUCCUGCAGAACAUGGUGGGAACCGCACUCAUCAUUCUGGUGGCCAUUGGCUUCAAAACCAAGCUCGCGGCGUUGACCCUCGUCGUGUGGCUGCUCGCCAUCAACGUCUACUUCAACGCCUUCUGGACCGUCCCCGCCUACAAGCCCAUGCACGACUUCCUCAAGUACGACUUCUUCCAGACCACCUCGGUCAUUGGUGGUCUGCUCUUAGUGGUGGCACUCGGACCUGGCGGAGUGUCCAUGGAUGAGAAAAAGAAAGAGUGGUAGGCCAAGCGAGGUUAAGAUCAGAGGACUGAGCAGCACCACUAACUUCCCCCAACGACUGGGACUCAAAGACCCCCAUCCUUCCCGUUCCUCCCACCAGGGUACACGUUUUUUUUCUUCUAGUUUAUUAAUUCAUUAAUACCACCUCAUCCAUCUAUGGACUAUUCUUUUUUUUUUCUUCUUUUUUUUAAUUUAAAAAAAUUGCCAGAUUUGUUUUCCAUCACAACAAGAAUACAAAAGCCCUAAUGUAUUUCAAAGUAUAAGGUUUAUAAAUUGUGCAUAAUUAUUAAACGGUUUAUUUGUUCUGUGUGCAGAAGGGAUUAAAGUAAUGUAUCGUAUUUUGUGGUUAUCAUGCCAUGAGUUAUAAUAGAUUAAUGUUCAUAUUUUUGAGUCAAACUGGCAGAGUGGAUAGAGUCUAGAAGAUUGUACACCCCCCUCAACCCCUCUGGAGGCUUGUCUUUUUUUUGGCUGUUGGAUCUUGGUGUCGGAGUCUAUCAAAUUGGAGCACUGAUUGACAGCCGCUCACCUCGACUCUCCAGGUUACAUUUCUCCAGUUUUUUUUUUUUUUCUUCUCCUCAAACUGUAGCCUUUCAAACGCAAAGAUGCAUCUUCACUCUCAACUGACUUGGGGGGGUUUGGUUGGGCGGGGGUGUACAUUUAGUUCAAAUGGGUGCAUUGCAGUCAUGCUUGAUUGACAGUUUCAACACAGUUGUUUUCUCCCGGACUUGUUUUUUGCCAUUUUGUACUGUACGUCUUUGCCGAAUGCCUAACUAGUGAACUGUAUGUGAUGGGAUGGAGCGGGAGGUUCAACAUGAAACAACAUAUGUAGAAAAGCAAAGAGGACCAGAGGACUCUGGGCUUGCUCAGUGUUUUUCUGCCCUGGGUAAGAAAUAAACAAAAAUAUAUUCAGUGUAUUGAUUUCAAAAGUUUAUAUUGUAUUUUUGAUCACUUGUUUUUUGAUUUUGGAACUUUGUGGCGAUGAAAUAAAAGCUCAAAUAAAAAAGUUACGGUCUUG